CGAUGUUCUAAUUCAGGAUACCGCUCAUUGCUAUACUGAAAAAUCAUGGCUAUCUAGUGUUGUAAUCCACAGAAAUCAAGUGUGCAUUUAAGGAUAUCUGCGGACUCUCAAAAAUGACAACACACUUGGAAAUUCCAAAAGAAUAGCGUGUAGACAUGCAGCUUUCCUUGCAAGCGUUCCACGAAACCGAUUGGCCAAGAAACCAUUAUGUACCUGCAGACACCCACCAAUUAUAGAAAGAGUCACUACCACUGCUGGUGGCAAGCAAAUGCUAUAAAUAUAGCACCUCUUGCCUCGGAUUUGAAUACCCCACUUCCAUAUCCUACACCAACAUUCCUUCUACUCGCUAUCUCACACCAUGUCCAACGUUUUUACAUUUGUGAACCCGUCAGCGUUCAGGUCCCGCACAGAGAUAUUCCAAGAGUCGUUCACUGCGAGCUCGGAGGUCGAGGCUAUGCUGCCAGUUUACCAUGUCAACAUCAAAGGACGCGUGCUAGACAUUGCUCCGGCCGACUCCAACGAAACACCGACUAUCACCUGUCGCCUGGAAGGGUUCACACGGCGCCGUGGGAAACUGCACGGAUCGAACACAAUUGCACCUAUAAACAUGGAAAGCUGCAUGAAAAGCAACUGGAUAAUUCACGACUUUGAGGGCAACCGGUACAAAUGGAAGAUCAAGUCGUUUCGCAGUCCAGACUGGGUAUUGCUCGAUGAGAACGAGAAUAUCUUUGCGUCCUUUGACAGAUCUGCAUGGAGAAGGCAUGUCAACGGACGUCUAACUAUUACAAAGCCAGUAUCCAAGGACUUCCUGCUAAUCAUCCUACUUACAAAUCGUCUGGUUCUCAGAACAGUACAGGAUAAGGAAACCGCUGCGUCCGCUGCUGCCACCUAAAGCAUAUGGUGCAUAUAGUUUGUUAUUGCUUCGACAUUACAAUUCCAUAGAAUUUUCGAUGUGUUCAUCUGCCAAGAAAUCAAGAUAUGCCACCCUACUUCCACUCUACGCACUCAACAGUGAAAAAUACAGUGG